GGCGGCGAGCCCUUUUUUGUGAAUGGAGGCGGUGACGUCGGCCGCGCCCUUGCGCCGCCUUCCCUCCAUUCAUUCCUUGGGCUGGAUGCAGAGGGGCGGGGCGGCGCGGCGGGUAGUAAAGGUUGGGGCGGCCCGGGGCGGAGAGCGGCCGGAGCAGGGAGCGGGGAAACGCGGCCCCGACAUGGUGGCCCCCGAGGGGCUGCGGGAGAUGGAGGGCAGCGCCCUGCGGCGCCUGGUGGGACGCGAGGAGGCGAGCGGCGGGCGCUGCCUGCUGCUGGACUGCCGGCCCUUCCUGGCGCACAGCGCCGGCCACAUCCGCGGGGCGCUCAACGUGCGCUGCAACACCAUCGUGAGGCGGAGGGCCAAGGGAGCCGUGAGCCUGGAGCAGAUCCUGCCGGCCGAGGGCGAGGUGCGGGCGCGGCUGCGCGCCGGGCUGUACACCGCCGUGGUGCUGUACGACGAGCGCAGCCCCCGCGCCGAGGCCCUGCGGGACGACAGCACCGUGACCCUCGUGCUGCGAGCCCUGCGCCGCGACAUGGCGAGGGCCGACAUCCGGCUGCUGGCAGGAGGUUACGAGCGUUUUGCCUCAGAGUAUCCUGAAUUCUGUGCUAAAACCAAGACCCUGAGCAGCGUUUCGCCCCCCAGCAGCGCUGAGUCCCUGGAUUUGGGCUUCAGUUCAUGUGGGACCCCCCUUCAUGACCAGGGUGGCCCUGUGGAAAUCCUUCCGUUCCUCUACCUUGGCAGCGCCUACCACGCGGCCCGGCGGGACAUGCUGGAUGCACUGGGCAUCACAGCUCUGCUGAAUGUCUCAUCUGACUGCCCCAACCACUUCGAGGGGCACUACCAGUACAAGUGCAUCCCUGUGGAAGACAACCACAAAGCCGACAUAAGCUCCUGGUUCAUGGAGGCAAUUGAGUACAUCGACUCGGUGAAAGAGUGCUGUGGCAGAGUCCUUGUCCACUGCCAGGCCGGUAUCUCCCGCUCGGCCACCAUCUGCCUGGCCUACCUGAUGAUGAAGAAGCGCGUCAAGCUGGAAGAGGCCUUCGAGUUUGUCAAGCAGCGCCGGAGCAUCAUCUCUCCAAACUUCAGCUUCAUGGGGCAGCUGCUGCAGUUUGAAUCGCAGGUCUUGGCCACCUCGUGCGCAGUGGAAGCUGCCAGCCCCUCAGGGACACUGCGGGAGCGGGGCAAGGCCACCUCUACCCCUACCUCCCAGUUUGUCUUCAGCUUCCCCGUCUCCGUUGGUGUCCAUGCCACCCCCAGCAGCCUCCCAUACCUGCACAGCCCCAUCACCACGUCACCCAGCUGUUAGCUUGGGGCUAAGGCCAACCAGGCAGGUAGCACAGAGGGGCGCAGAGCCCCGGGAUGUUAAGCAAUAGUGCCGGACACUGCCAUUGACCCUGGACUCGAUGUCUUUUUCGUAGAGCAAUUUCUUACCUCAUCUCGUACUUCUUUUUUUUUUUUUUUCCCCACUUUUUAUGUUGUGAAAGCCACAAACCCUGAUGUUGUCCAGGCUCUGUUUUGGGGGAGGAAAAAAUAGUGUACUGGGUUUCCUGAAGUGCCUGGUCCGCAUCUCUUCCCACCUCUACUUUAUCAUCUUGUUUUUUAGGAGAAAAAAAAACACCAAACAACCCAACAUCUCCCCUUCCAUCCUGUUUCUGUCCCCAGUUCUUUUGGGUGUUGACUUGGGUUGAAAAGGGAGCAUAAGCUUAUUUCUGUUGCACAGCACUUUCCCCUUUCGCACAGAGGGACACUGGUGUGUGCGGUAGGUGCUGCGUACCUGAGCCAGUCGCAGUGACCAGCAAUGCUGCAGCAGGGCUUUGAGGUGAUGGCAAGGAGCUCCAGGUCACCCACUGUGCUGGCUCCUGGGGGGACAGCAGCCUCUGGCUGGGAAGCAGCAUGGGUGGAGAGAUGCAAUCCUAAGUGAUGCUCGUGUGUGUGCGUGUGUGUAUGUCACUGUGUCUCUAAGUCUCCUCAGUUCCCAUAAAACUUGUGCCAAACCUCCUGUAGUUUAAA